AUCGUCACAAGCAUAGCGACAUUUCACAGUCACAGCGCGGCGUUAAGAAUACAAAUACAAGAAUCUUUAGAAAAUCUCAAGAGUACCAGUACAGAUAUGGCCAACUUUGAGGAAAUGGACACCAUUAACCCCGUCAUGGAUCUGGUCGUCUUCCGACACAUAAAGGACAUCGAUAUGGGAAUUAUGAAGUCUCUUCCGGUGUCCUAUGAUCUUGGUUUGAAUUUCCAUCCUCAUCUAAAUGAUUGGGUUGGUCUGUUCUACUCCGGAUGGGGAUCGGUUAACGAUUUCCUAGAGUACAGAUGGGCCCCAAUGUUACCACGUGACCUGAUAGCUGCUCACAACAGGCGUCGAUCAGUGUUAUUUGAUGUUUCCAAUUUUGCUGACUUACGGGAAGAGGAUGCACACUUUUGUUUCCUCUACGUCACCAAUGACAGUCACGUGGUCGGAGUGAGCAACAACUUCAAGUUCCGCUCUAUGCCGGGCUAUGAAGAUGACCUCUGCUUUAGUAACCUUGAACAGAGGAUUCGAGAAGACACGUCCUUUACCUUCAUCUCUAUGGAUACUGCCAUUGAAUUCGAAGAUCACGUGCAACUCUUUUCAAACAGGAAAAGAGGUCUGGAGGAUUCAUUCGAGGUGAUAAACAAUGAAACGCCACCCCAAAAGAGAAGAUCCACUAAGGAAAAAGUAAUGAUUCGAACACAGGACCCAAGUACCCUGGUUACCUUGUCUGCUGAACAAUGGCAGGACAUCUUCCGAAUUGUCUCUGAAAGGUCAGUCGUUCAGACCAUCAACACUGGAGCUGUUGCCGUCGCCGGACCUAUCUUUGAUAUCAACAAACAAGUUAGUUCUCAGCCUGCCAACCUGACUCCCUAUCCAUUCAAAAAUCAAGCAACCCCGCCCCUAACGUUCGAAAGUCGUCUGGCAAUCCUGCCCGGUCCCUAUAGUGUCAUCAUGGCUCUAGACCGGAACUCCACAUCUUGUGCUUCCUGUGCGAUGGGGAAAUCUCUCGUACGGGAUUUGUUUAUAGGUCGUUCUAAGGACGAGAAAUCUAUUCAAAGAAUGACUGAAAAAAUGGAAGCAAUGAAAGAGGAGGUAGAGGAUGUUAAGUUACGUCUGAGGCUCCAAAAGACCUUGGCGGAAUACCAAGCAACCCGCCAGAACUCCUACCACUUAGAGGAACUCCUGGUACAGAACCAGCAGCUUGAGGAACAACUGAGGACCACUGAGAAUCGAAUGGAGGACCUGAGGGCCGAAAACAAAGAAAUGAAAGAUAAACUAGCGAGCUUGGAGAACAACGAGAAACAGCCUCCUUCUUUAAUAGAAGAUCAGGAUCGAGCAAUUCUUGAAUUCCUCAAAGAAGGGUUCCAAGGAGUGAUACAAGUUAAUGGUCGAAGAUUAACAGUCAUUCUUGAGGAAAAUUAUUCCACCAACCCAGAGGUACCUGAACCCAAAGAAGAAUGGAAAAUGUAUUUUCCGAAACGAAUGGAACGCAUGCGCAAAUCGAUUUGCAACCAAUCAAUCACCAUUGCGUCAUUGAGAGAUACUGUGAUCAGUCAGAGAACCCGUAUGUCAAGCCAAUCAGAGCGAAUGCAGAAUAUACAGAGGAAAUUGGAGCUGGUGACACGGAAGAAAAAAGAAACGGAUACAAAGCUGGCAGAGGUCACACAAAGGAUUCGAUGUCUACUGAGGGACCGCGCUAAAUGCUUCACAAACGAAUGGCGACAGUUCGCACGCAAGAUAACCGUUAACCCUCCGAGGGAAAAAGAACCAAGGACCCGCGCAAUAACAUCGGUAAUUCGCUCCCCUCCCGCUCUCGUCUCCAGUUCCUGGAAGUCACGAAGACCCGAAAGAAAGUGCGAGACUUGUGGUGUCGUGUUCAGCGCCUCGGUCGAUCCACGAGUUAUUGAGGAGCAUAUAGCCUUCCACAACACGUAUCAUAAAAAGCACGACUAACCGAUAAGCCCCCAUCCCAAGUCCCAAACCCCAUUCAACCUAAUACGACUAAGAAACUUUCGAUAUUUUUUAAAAUGUUUAUUGUGUUAUUUUCAAUAUAUUAUGUUUUUGUUAUUAUACAUUUAAUUAUGGUUAUUGUCAUUUUUUAUUAAUAUACAUUUAUCAACUUGUAUCAAUCUGCUUGCCUAAAUCCUGAUUAAACAA